ACUCUCUGGGCGCUAACAGGACGCGCCUAAGUUCGAAACGAGUUCCGAAGGAGUGCCGGACAGGGAUGGUCGAGUAAACAGUGUUUCGUCGUAUUCAAACAGCGCGCCGUGCACCUCCGUCGGCCGCAUCGCAGUACCACAAUAGUCUCCCAGUGCCACCAAGAGACAGUGAGGGCUCGGCCAUAGCAAGCACAGGAGACGCAGCUCGCACAGCGAACACCUAAGGUCCGCCAUCUUCCUCUUUCCCGUCGCCGACGUUUACUUCAAGGAACGCAAAAAUGGGUCGCAGUGGAUACACAUGCGUGCGGCACGUGUUCUGCACGCUGAAUGUCAUCAUGUGGCUGUCGGGGUGCGGGCUGCUGGGCGUGGGCAUCUGGCUGCGGCUGGCGUACGAGGGCUACACGACGCUGCUGCCGCAGUACGCGGCCGUCAGCGCAGACAGCAUGCUCAUCGCCGCAGGCGUCAUCGUCUUCGUCAUCGCCUUCUUCGGCUGCUGCGGCGCCUGGUUUCAGAGCCGCUGCAUGCUCAUCACGUACUUCAGCCUGGUGAUCUUCAUGUUUGUGGUGGAGUUUGUGUUUGCAACACUCGCUUUUGUGUUCCGGGAACAUCUCAGCCACAGUCUGAGGCAGGAAUUACUUAUUGGAAUCCGUGACCAUUACAACAGCACACCACCAAACAGCCUGGAGAAGAUAUGGGACCACAUUCACAAUGAGUUCCAUUGCUGUGGUGUGACGGGUUAUGAAGACUGGUUUGACAUUGGUGCAUGGAGGGGUGAGAAAUUUGUUCCUGACUCUUGCUGCCUCCCCCAAGUGAAUAUCACUGACUGUGGACGGAAUGGAACAGCAGAUGUCUGGUAUGACAAAGGAUGUGCAGAGCAGGUGCAAAUGUGGUUCGUAGAAAGACUACAUCUUGUUGGAGUUAUUGGACUUGUGGUUGCAUUCUUCCAGUUAUUUGGCCUGAUUUCAUCAAUGCUCCUUUUCUGCACUGUGCGGCAUAAGAGGUCUACUCAUGCUUACAAAGCAUAUCAUCCAAAUUCAUAGCAUGUGAAGCAGCCAACUUCAUGUUUCUGAAAUUUAUCUGUGAGGUGAUAUUGUGGGAUAAGAAACUGAAUUGCAGAGUAUACAGAAAUAUUCUGUAAAUGUGAUGUGAAGAGUGAUGAAUUUCCAAUAGAUAUGAGAUAAUCCUGGAAGUAAUUAAUUGUAUGACUAAAAUGAUAUUUUUAUUUUUAAGAAAAAUCUUGAUGCAACAGAUUUUUUUUUUUAACUGUGAAACACUAUGUAUAAAGCCACUCUAUGUUCUUGAGUGUGAGCAUAUUGUUUGAGAUUAUACCAGUGUCUAUGGUAGCAUAUUUUCAGUGCACCAAAAACUAUAUUUCUUCGAGGGAUGCAAAAUGUGUAUUAAUUUCUGAUCUGAGCUAGUACACACACACACACACACACACACACACACACACACACACACACACAAUUCUUAUCAGAAAUUUAUAUGGUGCAAAAUAUUUUUAUUCUUGGAAGAUUAUUGCUACUGGCUCAAGAAAUUCGAUUACAUGUAGUGACAGCAGUUGACUGUUUGGAAUGUGCAAUGGGGUAACUGCAUAGUCAUAGACUGAGAAGUAUUGUCUCAAUUAAUACAGGUACUGGCCUAAACUCUUAGUUAUAGUUUUCAAAUUUUUCUGUGUACACAUACCUAACAGGGUUCCAUUUGAUCUAGAAGAAUUUCAGUUGUGAACUGACAUGACUUUCAUUGAACUGACACAAAAAAAUUUUGUCCUCUAUUAAACAAAUUUGAAUCUCUUAUAGAGUAAUACAUUUUAAGACACAAUUUUCCUCUAGUAUUUUAAGUUGUAAUGGACUUCACUGUUUUGCAUGCAUUUAUUCUGAGCUGGUAUUAAAAUUUUCUUCCAUCAUCAUUUGGUAUUAUUUAUUUGCUAGUGAAUCAUCAAACUGAUAUGAAAAUGUAAUUCAUUGAAAAGAUUUUGUCUGCAGUACCCACCAAUGAUAAUUUACUAUAUUGAUAUAAGUGUCUUUCUCACUAGAUGUAAAGCUACAGAGCAGGAAUUUGGCUCCAGGAUAACCAUUUUUAAUCCAACCACUAUUUAGGCAUAAAUGUAGAUUGAUAUAUUGCUAAAUUUUGUAUAAUGCUGAAAUAAAUAAAUAAAUAAAUAUUAUUUCCUUUUUGAAAAGAAAUUGUUCACUUCUGAUACAAUUCAGUUAUUCAGUGGUAACUGAUAUUUUAGUGUUCAGUAUGCGUAAUAUUAUUUAUUAAAUUGCAUAUAUAAUACAGUUCAAGAUUUCUUUUAACAUAAAAUAGCCUCUAAUUUAACCUGCACUGGAAAGAAGUCAACUUUUCAAAUAUGUGUUUGCUUUCCAAUACAGUCACAAUGUUCCAUGAAGAGACUAGUUUAUUGUAAUGUGAAAGAAACUAUUUAAAACUUUUGUUUAUAUUAAUAGGAUAAAUUUUUGUUGAAAUGAAGAGUUCAGACUAGAAUAAACAAAUAAAUAAAUAAAUGAAUUCCUGUAAAUAAGCUGUUUAAGAAAACAUAUUUAAUUACCAUUCCAUAUUUUUUAAGACUAUUGUACAUAAUUUGAAGGACAGGUAUUAUACUUAUUUAUGUUUAUUGUAUUCAGGCAGUGACUAAUGUUUUUAUUGUUAAA